UGACAUUGAAGGUUAACGGUAUCAAAUUUGAUAUCGUUCUCUCUGCAUAUCGAAAUCUAAAGAUAUCAACUCAAAAGUCAACACACGAAAAAUUCGUUCCGCUACGCAGGUUAUCCCAAUCAUAUCAAUUCAAUUAACGACGGAGCUUAGCGAUAUAAACCCGAAUGCAGUAUCUCACCUACGCACUGCAAACAUCCUCACGUUUCCUCACAACGUCCGCAACCGCCAACACAAACACGAACACCAAUACCGCCUACAACAACAACAACAACAUCCAUCCGCAUUUGCACACUUUUACUAGUGCACAUACCGACAACAACAACAAGGACAUAAAUUAUCCUACGCAUAACCCCAAUAGCCAUCGGCAAACGCACCACAGCAUAACGAGCAAAACAUUAGCAACCACAUACCACAGUACCAGCAAUUCGCCAGCGAUAGCAGUAGCAGAAACCCCAAGCGCACAUAUCGAAACAGUUCAUCCAACCAAACCAACUCCAUCAACGACAACUACGAGAGCAACAACAACGAUAACGACACUUCCGCCACUUCCAGACACUUGCGUCGAGUACGUUUGUAGCGGGGCAACAGCGGCGGAGACAGCAGCAGCAGCAGCAGCAGCAGUAGCUCCAACAGCCACUGCGACAGCUACAGCGGUGCCACAAUCCCAAUGAAAUUUACUCAACAUUAAUGUUAGCAUUGCGCGCAACAAACUGCUCUCAUUCUUCAAUCGCGACAUGGCCGCAACGGAUGGCCAAAUAAUAUUGGCCGCCUCCCGUUUUGGUGACACCGAACCGCCCGUAUAUCUGCGUGAAUUUUCCAAGCAAAAAUUACCAGCUGUUGCGAAAAUCAUCAAGGGACAACAUCAGAAUCUUGGUGUGCCCACACUAUCGGCACCAUCGCUGCAGAGUACGGCGUUAUUUCUGAGCGCUGGCAAAAAGUAUCAGAUACUCGCGCAACCGAUUAAAAUUAAGGAGGGUCGCAAGACGACAAAUGUCGGCGCCAAGGUGCUCAUACCGGAAACAUACCCCGGCUACUUUGAGCUACUCAGCGAAGAUGGCCGUUCGACGCGUUGCAUCGAUUCGGUGCUGGAGCUGUCGAAACGUCGCAAUUUGCGCGUUUUGGUGCGUGAAACUUUUCGGUGCACUCAGAUGAAUCGCACCAUUCACGCGGGCGAAUUGCUGACGACGAUGAACGAUAAUGGCAAAUAUUUGCAGUGUAAGAAUAUCAAAGAUGAGAUUGUCAAUUUGCCACUCGAUACCAAAGCGAAAUUCUCACCGAUAGCCAAGGAGGAUAGCAUUAGCGGAGUGCAUACGGUGAAGAAUCUACUACUCAAAAGGAUGCCAGUCAUUGUGAGACUCGUUCAUGGCAGUGCCCCUAAAGGUCUCAAGCAGCCUUUCGUUCCGGAGCUGCGUCUACUCGGCUGUGUGGAAAUCGAUCGCAUAUUUGCGCUACCGCUGCAGAAGGACAACGAUUUGGUGCCAGUGCCGCUCAAUGUUAAAAUUAAAUUGCAACGUGCACGCAACAUGGAUCAGCUGGAACACUUCAUCGAGUAUACGCGCUUCCUGGACAAGGCGCAGCGUUUGCUGUCGGAUGCGCGCGAUCGCCUGCAAGUAGUAGAUCUCAAACUGUCGGAGAAGGAGAAGAAAGACUCCAAGUUUAGUAGUCGCAACAAGUUGCCCGUGGUUAUGCUGCCAUCUGCGGCCGUCGCUGGCGGCCUCAUGGAAAAUGGAUAUGUGCUGCGCAAGAGCGCCAGUUGUGAUGCCUAUGGCAAGGGCGUCGGCGGUGCAGCGGGCGUACUCACCAGCGCCGAAAUCGCUGAGGAGUACAACGAAAUCGAUCACAUUUAUGAUUAUGUGCGUGGUUUGACGCCCCUCUCUAAAGGUUUGACACGGUUUGAGCCCAUCUGCGAAACACCAACAAUCAAGUCACAUCACACGGACAGUAGUGGCAACUACUGCAGUCUCAUACGCGUGGGUGCGCAGGCUAGCAGCAAUAAUGCUAACAAUAACAACAAUAACACCAACAGCUUAAAUGCCAGUGGUGGCAGUAACACUAACCAUAGUGGUGGUGUUGGUAGCGGCAACAACAAUACCAACAACAAUACCAACAACAACAACUACAGCAGUUUAGAGUCGGUGAAGCAGGCGAACACAAAUACGAAUAGCAGUCACAAUAGCAGCAAUCAGAGCCACAAUAACAACAACAACCAUAACACAGGUGGCAGCGGGGGUGGUAGUGGUGGUGGUAGCAAUCAUCACCAUCACCACCAUCAUCAAAGCCACAGCCACAAUAAUCACCACAGUCACACGCAUCCACAUCCACACGCGCACCCACAUGCGCACCAGUCAGGCUGUGGAGCGAUAGUAAAUCACUACCAUCACAGCCAUGUGCAGGAGGACAUCAAACCAGUGCCACCGCCUAUCGAGACCAUACCAGGAAAGAAGUUGCCAGAGAAGCGGCAACGUCCCACACUACCAAAGCUUUAUCUGAAGAAUACACACAGUGCGGGCAGCAAUACGGCCACUGGUGCGACAGCAGCAGCUGUGGCGGCGGCAGCGGCAACAGGAGCGUCUACAUCGAGUAGCCAUCAUCAGCAUCACCAUCACUCAACGCAGCCGCAACACCCACAUGCCGGCAAUUCGACGGCCGCUGUGGUGAAUGCUACAGCUGCAGCAGUUGCGGCGCAUCAUGCUCAUCAUCACCAUGGCAGGGUGCUGACUCCUAGCAACAGCAACAGCAACAAUAAUGUUGUACACUCUGCGAACGGGCCACUUAGCGCCGGUAUUCUGGUAACGAAUAAGGAAUGCAACCUGGAACCACAGUCGCCACUCUUUCAUAUAAGGUACAAGAGCCUCAGUAGUUUGCAAUUGACGCCCGAAAAUACCUCAAUUGCCGCAACUCCGAUCUCAAGCAAUUCCAAAGGUAACCAGUCAGCCGCAGUGCCACCCGAUGUGGUACUCAAAUGUAGCAGCAUACUCAACCAUCAGACGCAUCAUUCAUCUCACUUACCACCACCACCACCCCCGCCGCUAAGCAAGAGCGCCAGCACUGCUGGUGGCUUGGCAGCUGUGGCGGGCUUAGGUAUGGGUAUGGGAAUGGGAGUGGGAGUGGGCGUUGUACAUCACAAUCCGCGCGAAGGCACACUCGACUCGUCACGCAGUGGUGGACGCACCUCCGGCGAUUCGAAUAAGUUGCCCGAAAAGAAGACUCGCCGUCUGUCGCGCCCGCGUAGUCUAUCGAAUUUAGUCUGGGAUCUGCGGCCAUCCAAAGAGAAGUCAAAGAAAAAAUUAUAUAUACAUCAUUUUGAUCAUCGUCAACAAGCGACAUUGUACUUGUAGUCAUUUUGGCAGGAAAUGCAUUUGAGAGAGGUGUAAGGGAAAUUGCGGGGCGAAUUAUUGAUGUUGUUGCCAUAUACAUACAUACAUAUAUGCAUACAUCCAUACGUAUGUACUUUAAACAAAAACUAUCAAAGCAUAUUGGACAAAAUGCGGAAUGAGUUCGCAUGGAAAAAUAGAGAAUGAUGUUGCCAUCAAUUAAAAAAAAAAAAUGUUUAAAAUAGUGCUUAAACGGACUUUUAAUGCGUUAUCCUGAGCUUCUAAUCGGUAAUAUUUAUCUUUAGAAAAAUAAAUACACUUGAAAGUAACUUCAACUUGAAAUGUUAGCAGCGCUCCAGUCAAUUGGAAAUCACUCGAACAGGAAAGAUUUUUUUAAAUAAAACAUACACUUAAAAAAAUUUUAACCAAGCAAUUCAAACUUACAUUAUUAGAACUAAUUGUUAGUAAAAAAGCUUUAAACAAUUUUUUCUCAAUUUAUUAAAUUG